UCCAACUUCUUCUCCUAGCGUCGUCGUCUACCAUCUGAGAUACCCCCCCUCCUCUCCAUUGACGACUUGACGAUCGCCAUUGACCACCCUCGCCCCGGACACCAGCAUCUGAUCACUGGUCCACGCCAGACACCAUCACCAUGGCUACCACCGAUAACCUUCCCGCAGCCGACGUCAACAAGUACGACUAUGUCAUUGUUGGCGGUGGUACGGCCGGCUGUGUCAUUGCUGCUCGCCUCGCCGAGUAUCUCCCUCGCAAGAACAUCCUCCUGAUCGAGGCCGGUCCCAGCGAUUUCACUGACGAUCGCGUUCUCGAUCUGCGCAAGUGGUUGGGUCUGCUUGGCGGCGAGCUUGAUUACGACUACCCCACUACCGAGCAGCCCAUGGGCAACUCACACAUCCGUCACUCCCGCGCUAAGGUGCUCGGUGGCUGCUCUUCUCACAACACCUUAAUCUCAUUCCGCCCGUUUGAGCAUGAUCUCGACAUCUGGCAGUCGCUCGGUGCCAAGGGUUGGACCUUCCCGGUCUUCAUGCGUGUCCUCGACCGCCUCCGCAACACCGUCCAGCCCGUUCACGCCCGCCACCGCAACCAGCUGUGCAAGGAUUGGGUCCUCGCCUGCUCCUCUGCUCUCAACGUCCCCGUCAUUCCCGACUUCAACCGUCACAUCAAGGACACCGGUUCGCUGACUGAGGGUGUUGGUUUCUUCUCCGUCUCCUACAACCCCGACAACGGCCAGCGCUCCUCGGCCUCGGUGGCGUACAUUCACCCCAUCCUGCGCGGCGAGGAGAAGCGUCCCAACCUGACUGUCCUUACGAACGCUUGGGUCUCGCGCAUCAACGUCAAGGAUGACGCCGUGACUGGUAUCAACCUGACUCUCAAGGACGGUACCAGCCACACCGUCAACGCCAAGGCCGAGACCAUCCUCUGCGCCGGUGCCGUUGACACACCGCGUCUUAUGCUGCACUCUGGUCUCGGUCCUGCUCAGCAACUCCGCGAUCUCGACAACCAUGGACUCCGACGCUGGCAUCUUCCUGCGCCGCGAGCUCCCAACGCUGGUGCCACUCAGAGCGCCGCCAACCCCCAAGGUCUCGCCGAAGGCCAGAUUGCCGACGUCAUGAUGCACUGCUACCAGAUCCCCUUCACUCUGAACACCGGCCGUCUCGGUUACCCCGAGAUGAAGGACGGUUACACGUUCUGCAUGACCCCUAACAUUCCUCGUCCCCGCUCGCGUGGUCGCAUCUACCUGACCUCCGCCGACCCCAAGGUCAAGCCCGCGCUUGACUUCCGCUACUUCACCGACCCCGAGGGCUACGAUGCCGCCACUCUCGUCUACGGCAUGCGCGCUGCCCGCAAGGUUGCCGAGCAGGCUCCCUUCAAGGACUGGAUCGCCAAGGAGGUUGCUCCCGGCCCUGAUAUUCAGACCGACGAGGCUCUGUCCGAGUACGCCCGCCGCGCCGCCCACACCGUCUACCACCCGUGCGGCACCACCAAGAUGGGUGACGUUCACAAGGACGGCAUGGCUGUCGUUGACGAGCAUCUCAAGCUCCGUGGUCUGCGCGGCGUGCGUAUCGCCGACGCUGGUGUCUUCCCCACCAUUCCCUCCAUCAACCCCAUGUUGACGGUGCUUGGUGUCGGUGAGCGCUGCGCCGAGCUGAUCCUCGAGGAGGCUGAGGCUCUGAACGCUGAGAAGGCUCAGGCCAGGCUGUAA